AUGCACUGUCGUUUGUCAAUACUGCUUGCUGUUGCCUCCACUCUUUUGGGGACUGCAACAGCCAACAAAGCACGACCGCGCCACUGCAAAGGAGAGGCGAAGCACAUCCACCUUGCAGUUGGCCAUGAUCCUGCUCAUGAAAUGACGAUAAGUUUCGCCACCAAAUACAGCAACUCGGAAGGGGACAACGCUCCGCUUGGUGGUAUUCAUAUCGGUCUUGAGCCGGAUAAACUGGAUAGAUUCGUGCCGGAGCAGGAAUAUCCCUUGCACUACAAAGAGAAAAAUCCAGAUGGAAAGAGAUACAACUCUCCGUAUCAACAUCAUAUUACGAUAGAUGAGUUGGAAGCAGACACUACCUACUAUUAUGCAAUUGUUGUCGGACAGAGGGACGAUGGAAUAGAAGCACUCAAGAAACGCCCGAUUAAGCAUUUCUACAGUACUGCCACGGAAGAGAAUGUUUUGAAUGCAAAGAAAACAGUAGAUGGUGGCGAUCAGAGACGGCGACGGUUGCUUCCACCACAUUAUGAUGGCUCGGAACUACCAUGUAUAGAAGGACAGCAAGUACGGUCGUUUAGAACUGCUCCCAAAAGAGGUGAGGGUCCCGUUUCCUUCGCCGUGAUCGGCGAUUUGGGCCAGUUUAGUUUUAGUGAAGAGACACUACAGCACUUGAGCGACAACAAGGAAGGUAUUCAUGCAACAAUUUUGGCAGGAGAUAUCUCCUACAACGAGUUUGAUCAUCGACGUUGGGAUACUUUCUUUGACUUUCUUGACGACUAUGAAAUUUUUCACGAGAUCCCGCUGCAUAUUGCUACCGGCAACCAUGAUAUCGAAAAGCGAGAGGAUGGCAACGUGAUUUUCGAAGCAUAUGAAACUAGAUUCAGAAUGCCGCAAGUUCAACCAGAACAACGCGAAGUCUUUGACUUUCCUGGGCUUCUUAACAUGGAUGCACCAUCGUAUCCGCUUCCUUAUGACUGGGGGAAUGCUUACUAUUCUUUCGAUUAUGGUUUGGCUAAGCAUAUUGUACUGAGCGCAUACUCAUCCAUGGAACCUGACUCCCCUCAAUACAAAUGGGUAAAGAAGGAGCUGAAGUCAGUUGAUCGAUCGAUAACGCCUUGGGUCCUUGUCACGAUCCACACACCGCUGUACAACACGUUUGAUAAGCACCACUACGAUCCACAAAUCAUUGCAGCAAAAGACAACAUCGAACCUCUCCUUGUGAAGUAUCAUGUCAAUUUCGUUCUAACUGGUCACAUUCAUGCGUACUUGAGAACUUCCAAGGUUGCGAUGGGGGAGCGAAAUGACAAGGGGCCUGUCCAUAUUACAAUCGGUGCUGGAGGCCGCCAAUGCUCUGCCGGGUUUCAAAACGAAGAACCAGAAGAUUGGGUUGAAGCGAGAGAUGCAUCUUUCUUUGGCUAUGGUCGAAUCGAUAUAAGGAAUAGUACUCAUGCAGAAUGGCGAUGGAUUCCCCUUUCGGCAUCAGUUAAACACCCUCGGAACACUGUCUACGGCCAAAAGGAGAUGGUCUUGCCGUCGCUGAUGUUUGAUGAGUUUGUCCUCGAAAACCAGUACUUUUUAUAG